AUGGUUGGUGGGUUGCCGAAGGUGAGGCGCUGCAAGGUAGGUCGGUUGAAGGAGUCCAGACCAUCUAUUGUUUCCGAUUUGGGGGUACUGAUUAUCACCCACCAUCCUCUCCACUUCCACAGGUCGAUGUCUGAUUUCAUUUCAUUCUUAUGCAUCUAUCAAACACUUGAUCUAAGAGAUGGAGGCUUGGACUACCUUGGAAAAGGUGUUUCCAAGGUUGCUUCCAAUGUGAAUACCAUUAUCGACCCUGCUAUUGUAGGCAACGACCCAACUGAUCAAACUGGUACUGACAACUACAUGGUUCAAAACAUGAUGAAACUAAGAACGAGUAGGGCUGGUUCAAGCAAAAGGAUACAAAGGUUAGCUGAUAUGAAAAGGUUAGCAUAUAUGAAUAAAACGAUUUUGGCACCGUGUGUUCUGUUAAACCGACCAACUAAAUUGGUUUGGGUAAUCAUCAUGGACAGAGUUACUGUUAAAAUCAUGUCAUGUUCAUGCAAAAUGGCAGAUAUCACAGAUGAAGGCGUUUCAUAUCAUGGGAGCGCGUUGGAAGAAGUUUAUGGGGAUGAAGAAUUUUCCCGAAAAGGAGAUGAAUGUGUAACUGCCAUGGCCAAUCGUAUUGCAACUGUAUUUGCUUCAAUGUUGGAGUUCCCAUUUGUGCGUUACAGAGCUGCCAAAUCACUUGACCCCAAAACAAUGACAACAUUUUGUGAUCUAAUCCCUACAAAACUUGCUGCUGCUGUUUGGAAUAAUCUUAUGAAAUAUAAAACUCUCAACCACUUCCCACAAAUUGAAACAUGCGAUUUGCUCAUUUCUAUCUUGAAAUAA